UCCGCCCCCGGGGGAAGACCUGUCGGUCACUGGGUCUCCUUCUCGCGGGACUUCCCCUUCUGCCCAAGAAGUUCUAGAAGCCGAGAAGCGAGGUGCUGGGAGCGAGCCGCCCCUUGAGGGUUGAGCUGCCGUUCUCCCCCUCUUCACCGGUGUUCACCCGGACCCGAGUAGGACUUGGGGAGCCCCCGAAGCCGAACUUUUUUUUUUUUUUUUCCGGCCGUUUGGGGGCGUGUGCCGGCGGCGCAGAGCCGCAUUCCCCGCGGAGCCGCCCUGCCAGCGGAGGGAAGCAGCCCUGCGAGUUCGGGCUGCCCUGGCGCUGCGCACGCCCCGGGGCAGUGUCGCCUUCGGCCUGGGAUGCACCGGCGAGGCGUGGGCCCGAUAGACCUGCCCGUAGGCGACUGCGGCUACGGCGGGGGCAGGAUGCCUAGAAUACACACUCUCGUACACAUACGCUCACGCACACAUCUGAUCGCUCCGGGUGAAGCGGACCCUCGGAGACCUCCCGGGCACAGACCCGGAGGCCACCCCGGGUGCGGCGUGCGGGGAGCACCACCCGUUCGCAGCGGCAGCAACAGGAAGCUUUGGGGUCCCCUCCAGCACCUGGGAAGGAGGCUUUUCGCCAUUCCCUGGACGGGAAUAGCUCAUCUCCCGCAUCCGGUGGUGAUCGCCGCUCGGAAAUGCGGGUGUGAAGGGUCCGAACUGCCGCCCAGCGGGAGGAGACCCCGGGACGUCAAAACUCACCAUCCCGGAGCUGCGAGAAGGGGGAAAAACAGAGUAUUCAUCAUUCAGUUGUGUGCCUUGUGGGGAUUAAAAAAAAUAGUUAUUUUUUAAAAAGAAAUAUUUCCGUCUGUCAUCCUCUCUGGGGAAAUCAGCCAGAACCACCAGAACGUAACUGAAACCAGACGAAAGAGGCAGGAGUCGAGGCAGCAUACCUGCAGCGUCCGGGCACCAGAACCACCUUGAAACAGGAAAGCGUCUCCGGCGGCCGCGGAGCUGGGGCUCCGCUAAACUUUGGGGCGGGAGGGGCGGGCUGGGGUGCCGAGGGGGCUUUUUAGACCGAGGGCAGCCCCCUAACCAUGAUGUUUCGUGACCAGGUUGGGGUGCUGGCGGGCUGGUUUAAGGGCUGGAAUGAGUGCGAGCAGACUGUUGCGCUGCUGUCGCUGCUCAAGCGCGUGAGCCAGACCCAGGCCCGCUUCCUCCAGCUCUGCCUGGAGCACUCGCUGGCCGACUGCGCCGAGCUGCACGUCCUCGAAGGCGAGGCCAACAGCCCGGGAAUCAUUAACCAAUGGCAACAGGAAUCCAAGGAUAAAGUGAUUUCCCUCCUGUUAACUCACCUACCUUUGCUGAAGCCAGGAAACCUCGACGCCAAAGUCGAGUAUAUGAAACUGCUGCCCAAAAUCCUGGCGCAUUCUAUCGAACACAACCAGCACAUCGAGGAAAGCAGGCAGCUGCUGUCCUAUGCUUUGAUACACCCGGCCACUUCGUUGGAGGACCGCAGUGCUUUAGCCAUGUGGCUGAAUCACUUGGAGGACCGCACGUCGACCAGCUUUGGCAGCCAGAGCCGAGGCCGCUCAGACUCUGUGGAUUACGGACAGACACACUACUAUCACCAAAGACAGAACUCGGAUGACAAGCUCAAUGGGUGGCAGAACUCUCGGGAUUCUGGGAUUUGCAUGAGUGCCUCCAACUGGCAGGACAAAAGCCUGGGGUGUGAGAACGGCCACGUGCCCCUCUACUCCUCCUCCUCCGUCCCCACCACAAUCAACACGAUUGGAACCGGCACAAGUACAAUUCUCUCAGGCCAGGCACACCACAGCCCUUUGAAACGAUCUGUGUCCCUUACCCCACCCAUGAAUGUGCCAAACCAGCCUCUAGGACAUGGAUGGAUGUCUCAUGAGGACUUACGAGCUAGAGGACCCCAGUGCCUCCCAUCCGAUCAUGCCCCCCUGUCUCCACAAAGCAGUGUAGCCUCUUCGGGAAGUGGUGGGAGUGAACACUUAGAAGAUCAGACUACUGCUCGUAACACAUUCCAAGAAGAAGGUAGUGGUAUGAAAGAUGUUCCAGCCUGGUUAAAAAGCCUUCGCCUGCACAAGUAUGCUGCGCUUUUCUCCCAGAUGACCUACGAGGAAAUGAUGGCCCUCACUGAGUGCCAGCUGGAGGCUCAGAAUGUUACCAAAGGUGCAAGACACAAAAUUGUCAUCAGUAUUCAGAAGCUCAAAGAAAGACAAAACCUUCUGAAGUCUUUGGAAAGGGACAUCAUCGAGGGGGGCAACCUCCGCAUCCCUCUCCAGGAACUGCACCAAAUGAUCCUGACUCCCAUCAAGGCCUACAGCUCCCCGAGCGCCACCCCAGAGGCUCGGCGCCGUGAGCCCCAGGCUCCCCACCAGCCCUCACUGGUGGGCCCUGAGAGUCAGGGCCCCGACUGCAAAGACAGCGCUGCGGCCACUGGCAGCCCUGCCCCCACCCUGGCCGGCGCCAGCGGAGGGCUCCAGCCGCACCAGCUGAGCAGCUGUGAUGGGGAGCUGGCCGUGGCGCCCCUGCCAGAGGGGGAUCUCCCCGGGCAAUUCACGCGUGUCAUGGGGAAAGUGUGCACACAGCUCUUGGUCUCCAGACCUGAUGAAGAAAAUAUAAGUUCCUAUUUACAGCUCAUAGACAAGUGUCUAAUUCAUGAGGCAUUUACAGAGACACAGAAAAAAAGAUUGUUGUCAUGGAAACAGCAGGUGCAGAAGCUCUUUCGGUCUUUCCCUCGGAAAACCCUUCUAGACAUAUCAGGAUAUCGACAGCAAAGAAACCGUGGCUUUGGACAGUCCAAUUCCCUCCCCACGUCUGGCUCUGUGGGCGGCGGCAUGGGCAGACGGAACCCGCGCCAGUACCAGAUCCCUUCUCGGAAUAUCCCUUCCGCCCGGCUUGGACUCUUGGGCACCAGCGGAUUUGUCAGUUCCAGCCAGCGUAGCACCGCAGCCAACCCCACCAUCAUGAAACAGGGAAGACAGAACCUCUGGUUUGCCAACCCCGGGGGCAGCAAUAGCAUGCCAAGCCGGACCCACAGCUCAGUCCAGAGGACCCGCUCGCUGCCCGUGCACACUUCUCCGCAGAACAUGCUGAUGCUCCAGCAGCCAGAAUUCCAGCUUCCCGUGACUGAACCUGACAUCAACAACAGGCUGGAGUCUUUGUGCCUCAGUAUGACCGAACACGCCCUGGGAGAUGGGGUUGACCGGACCUCCACAAUCUAGAAGCUGGAGCUGGGAACGACAGUGCUGGCCGUGAAAUCGACUGCUGCGGGUCCAGUGUCAGCCAUCUUCAGGGUUGCACAGAAUCCUCCAAGAUACUUUGCAGCCUUGUUCUUUCUGGUUCCUCUCCCAUUUUGAUUUUGUGAGCGUAGGUCGUCCUUGUAAACAUAUCAGUAGACCUGGGAUCGGUUCUUUUCUGACAUGGGCUGGUUUGGUGUGCGGGGUGGGGAAGAGUCUCUAGGGAAAUGUAGGACUGGGAGGGAGGUGGGGGGAGACCAGUGGCUUCCUGGAUGGGAAGGAAAAAAAAGAAAACUGCCAUGAAAGAGAUCCAGAGACCCAGGAGGCAGACAGAAGCCCCAGGCCCUGGGGAGCCUUCCAGAAAACCUGGUUCCCGAGUGAGCCCGCAGAAGGAAGGCUGUCAUGGAUACAUGUGACCAAAAGCAAGAUGGGGGCCCCCCUGUUUAUGUCUCCACUGAUCGGAUUUCCCUGAGGCCCCUGAUGGAAACAGCCGCUGGAGAGAGCCACCUGGGCACCUGGGCAAGAAGGCAAAAAAAAAAAAUCCCCUCUCACAGAAUUUCAGACAAACUUUUGAUUUGUGUAUUGUUUACAUAACAAGUUUAAAGGGUACAUAAUGUGUAAAGAGUUUGGGUAGAACUUCUCUUCAUACUAUUGUUUUUGUAAAGAACUCAUUGUUGAUAACAGAUUCAUUUUUUUCUCUCUAUUUUUAUAAUAGCAGCAGGGUUGUCUUUUAAAAGGGCUGCCAAGCUCUGCUUCUCGGGAAGAUGGAUGCAGUCACGUAGGCCAGAGUUGUCCCCCCACCCUGACUCUCACCUGUAGGUGGAAGGAGGGUGGCGGUGGAAUUGAAGGGGCGAGGAUGUGGCCAGAAUGUGCGCAGAGCAAUGUGAAGGUACAAGGAUGAUGGCACCAUGUGAUCGGUAUAGGUUUAGCACACAUCACACAGAGAAUCAAAAAGAAUCCUGCUGACCCUUUCUGUGCUGGAUUUGCUUCUCACCCCAAGUUUUCUCUUCCUUCCCACCCUACCCUCAGGGUUUUGUCCUAUCACUCCUGGCCUUGCUGUACAAACACAUCAGUGGGUACAAGUUCCGUUGCAGGGGGGGAAAGGCAAGAAGAAAGACAUUUCCCUUGUCAAAGGUUGAAUACCCAAGUCAUAAAUCCAGAACAUUGAUUGCAGUAGGAUUGCUCGCGGGAACCCGAACCUGGGGACUGUGUCCCCUUCACUCGGUUACUGCUGAGGAAGAGGAGCGAAGAAAGGCCCAGCGAAGUGUGUAGACAGGCAGCUGGCAAGUGUCAGAGAGCACGUGCAGGGAGACGUGGGCCCACGUGGCCCAGGCCACCAUCCCCGGUGGACUGUGAAGAAGAUAAGAAGAUGGGGUGGAAAAGGUUCACUUCCUGAUUGAAACGACAGCGCUGUCCACAUGGCGAAAGUCAGGGGGUUGCUGUGUGGUUGUCUGAUCUAUCCAGGCACGCUAGGAGAGGGGAAAAAAAAAGUCAUUACAUGGUGAGAGGUUAACAAACUGGUACCACAAAGUAAUACCUCUGUUUUUUAAGGGCAAGAAAGACUGCAUUUCGAAAUUUGACGCAGUGGAGGGUUUUGGAGGAAAUCAAACAGGAGCUGUGCUCUGCACUGGAAAAUUGGGUUGUGUAAAUGAUGGUACGAAUGUUCAGCCGGAGGGGAGAUAAAGGAGCGGGUAUAAGGCCUGUUUGCUAAAUGACUGAGUCUGACGCCAGUAUUGUGGUGUGGUCGGAGUCAGAAUUGAAGAGAUGAGACCAUGAAAAUCACUGCACUCACUUAUGGUUAUUUGAAGAAAAAAAAAAUACAAAUUUAAAAGGCCUUAAUGAAAUCUAAACAGCUUUCUCUUGUCAUCAAGAUUAAAACUGCACAUCCAAGCCAGCCUUGGGCAUUGUGACAAGGCUUUUGACAUCCUUUUGCAAUUUGAAAAGGUAAGAUCACCUUAACCAUAGAGCCUGUAGCCAGCAAAGAAAGCUUAUUUGAGUCCACAAUUUAAUGCAUUGCACAAAAUAAAAGACAGACCUUUCCUUGGGUGACUUAAGUUCUAAAGAUGCAAAUCCAUGUGCAGAAAGAGGGAGGCAUUUUUAAGUUGGUUUUUGUUUUAACCAAAUGCCAUUAACAUUCACCCUCCCCACCCCUCCUUUUUCUAAAGAAGCUUAGAAUGUGUUGGGAUGGAUGAUCACAUGCAAGACAGGAAGAACAGGUAAAAAAUGUUGAAGGCCAAAGGUAAGAGUAGAAGGUUUGGGAAUGUGUCUUUUGGAUGCUAAGAAAGUUAAUAAAGAGGAGAAAACACAAUGGUAUUGCACAGCUCGUUGAGAAAUGAGAAAGCACUCGGAUCUGCUGCACCUCAAACACGUAUAUCCAUCAAGACUCAAUGUUGUUCAGAAAACAAGAUUGUGAACACAAUCACAUUAGCAUGAAUCCUUUAAAAGGAAGAAGACCUUAAAGUAUUUGCAAAUCUGAAUUUCUGUUUAUUCCUUCACUGAAUAUAGAAACUGGUUAUCUGAUUAUUAGAGAUAUUAUUUUGGAUAUGUUACUUAUUAACUUGCUAUGGCUGGUAACCAUGAUAAAGUCUGUUAUUAAUAACAACAUAAUUCGUUUUUUAAAAGAAAAAAAGAAAAGCUUAUUUUUCAUUGACAGUGUAUAGAUUUAUCUACUUAGUUGUGUUUUGCUAUUAGUGUUUUAAUUUUUUUUUAAGUUGACUGUUCUGAUAAAUUAGGAGCCUCUCCCCAUCCUGUUUUGAGUCCUGUGUUGAUUGCAGGUAUACAGUUCAAUUUUAAAAUCCUAAAGCAAAAGAAGUCUAUUUAUAAAUAAGAAUCAAACAGUUGCAUGCAUAAGGCUGUGAAGUCAGAUAUUUAGUAAUAAAGCGGCAGUGCCUUUUUUUGUAUUUACCCAUUGACUCCAGAUGCAACUGUUUUAUAUUAGGUAAAUAGUAAAUGAUUUAAAAAUCUCAGAGUAAAAACUAUUUCACUACAUGUUUCUCCCCUCCCCUUGGUCUGAUUUAAGCGGUAUGUACUCUGCAUUUCCACACUGUCCCAGGGACAGUGGGAGCCACAAUAUUGUUACCGGGUAUGAUGUUUUAUUGGUGCUUUUUAUUCAUAGUAGUUUCUUAACAGAAACAGUAGAAAGAAACACAUGAACUGUGUACAAGAAAUGAAACAUUGCUGCUGAUAUGUUUUGUUUUGUUUUCCCACAUACUUUUGAAUUUCACUUUUUAAAAUUAAGGCCAGCGAGCAAAAUAGACAAUGCUGGAUCCGCCGGCCCAGGGCAGCUGUUUGCACCAAGCUCUCAAAUCCUGUGUAUCGACGGUCCCCUUUUGGUACCCAGGAUCAGAGCCACAGCUGCUUCCCCACCACCCCCCAACCCGCUCCCAUUCAUUUACAGAGACACUGAGGGAAACGAGGUUUUCUUUUGAGGUGUCAUUGGCUGCCUUUUUCGGAAUGGGAGGCUUCUCCGAGUCCUUUGUUCUCCUGCACCACUUGUAGCUCGGGCAGGUGCAAGGUUUAUAAACGUGCGUUCCCCAGCUAGAACCGGGGCGCACAGGGGCUGAGCUGGGCUGAAUGCAUUGCGGCGUGAGCCCAGGGGGCAGAGAGGGGAGGAAAAGCAGACCCCAGUCUCGCUGGCCUCUCGAGAUGUCUGCAGCACGCAGCUCCGGCAGCGAUGUGGGGAAGCUGCCUCUUCGAGGCUGUCUGGGUGUGCCUGUUACAAGGAGGACCUGCGGAAGGAUAAUUUGCACAUGGGGAUGUGAUAACACUAAUGUUGAUUUUUUUUUUUUUUUUUACAAGUCAUCAGAGAUGUUUGCAAAGCGAGUUUUAUUUUUUUGUAAUUCCUUUAUCUUUACUUAAAGGUGAAUGUUGUAUUCCUCUGGGAGGAAUAGGAAGAAAACAGGAAUGUUAAUAAUGUCAAACAGAAGACUUCCUCCCUUAUUAAUAUAUAACCCUCAUGUAUUUAUGCCUAAUGUAAGCUGACUUUUAAAAAGCUUUGUUUUGUUGCAUGCCCUGUGCAGGCAUCCCUAUUGUACAUGCAUGCCUUCCGUCCUGUUUUCCUGUAUAAAGUUAGUGAACAAAGAAAUAUUUUUGCCUAGUUCAUGUUGCCAAGCAAUGCAUAUUUUUAAAAUUUGUCAUAUAUGGAAAUCGCAUGUUUGUUACAUGUAAAAGCUUUACUGAUAUACAGAUAUACUAAUGUUUGAAGAUGCUGUUCUUUGCAAGUGUACAGUUUUCAAAUGUUGUUACCAGUGAAACACCCUUGUGGUUUAAACUUGCUACAAUGUAUUUAUUACUCAUUUCCUCCCACGUAACUAAGAAUCCUGGCUAUAUUUCAUAUCAACGUUAUAUUGAAAGUGAAGGGAAAUGAUUAAUACAAGGUUUUGUAUCACUGG